UGCUUGCGCCGCCACACGUGAAGUGCGGGAAUAAACAACCAAUUGGUCGGAAUCGGUGUGUAAUUAUGCAACAAAUGCUGUGUGAAAACUGCCAAAAUCUGCGUUAAUUUGCCGUCGCUUGCGUGGAACGUGUGCCUCUAGCUGCAGUUCAUCGGAAUGUAUCGCUUGCUGACUGCAAAUCGGGCGGCGGCCGUGCAAAAAGCACUGCGAGUGCCACCCACUGCUCACCCAACAACAACAACAGUGUGCUGCGGCUGCGGAAUUGCGCCUUCAAAUUUCGUGCAUUAUCAGCAGUAUUAUCAAAUGCUCUACCGCCAAAUGCCGGCAGGGGCAAUUACAGCAACAACAAUGACGACAACCACUCGCACACAAACAACAACACCCACACAAACAGAUGCAGCGGCCCAGGUGAAAAAGAAGCGAUUGCGCAAGCCACGCUACGCCAAAUACGUGGAGCUCCUCGAGGUCACCGAACAAGCCAUCAGCGAACGAAGGUCGCGGGUGAAGCGGCUGAAGUCCAAGAAGCUGGCCGACUUCAUACAUAAGGCUCAGCAGCAAAUCCUGGAGCGGCGCGCAAGCGAAGAUCGCAAGGAUAAGAAAACCAAAGGCGUACUCGACCUGGCGCAGCGUCAGCCUGUGGAGUAUCAGAAAAUCGAUAUGCAGGCGUUGGAUGGAUCUAUUCUAGAGUCUGGAAUAUACGACGAUCGGCCUAUGCUCUUCUUUGGCAAGGAUGAGUACACCAAACAAGUGAUAGCGAACCCCGAGGAGGUGCAAAACAUCCUCAAAAGCUUCCACAACUUUAAGGACAUCAUCGAGAGCAUGGAAAAUGAUCAGCACGAAGCGGAUUUUGGUCUGAGCACCACAAAAAUGCUUCCUGAAGAACACGAAACCCUGGAUCCGUUCGAGGCCAUUGAGCCGUACAUCAGUCCCCUGGACAAGAGCAAACGUUCAGCAACUGCUGUGGCCGUGCCCAACUCCAGUGCAGUCACAACCAAGUCGAAGAAACGUUUCAAGUCAAAGGUUCACGUGAACGAGGAGCAAGAGCGUCUGGCCAAGCAGCGGGCACUGCACAUGAACCUGAUCACAUAUCUCAAUGUGUGUGUCUCGGCCAACAUGCUGAAUCGCGCCCUGUCCACCAUCAUUGCCUAUCGCGGCAAGGUGAGGAAGAGUUCUUUGCCGCACAUGUCCGAAGGCCUCAUCACCAUCGACCUGUACAACAUCCUUCUGCACGGCUAUGCGGGCAAGGGAUCCUUCGAUCGAUCCCAGGAGGUGUUCAAGCUCAUCGAAGAGGACGGACUGUCGUUCAACGAGCAAACGUACGCAGCCAUCUUCGAGUGCUUGGGUCGCCUGGAACCGGACGAGAAGAACCACCAAUUCAUAUCCGAAUACGUUUCCCAAGCCGAAAAGGAAGGAUUCAGUUUGAAUCAAAUUAUAGACAAGUCAAAGUUUGUUGCUGACCAGCGGGACAUUGCUUUGGAUGCGAUAAGACGGCUUCGACCGGACUUUAAGCCGGUCUAUGUGCCACCGCAACUCGGAUACGACAACGAACUGCUGGAUCACCUCAACGAGCACAUAAUACCUGUUGGAGCUAAGGAAGAACCGGGAAAAGCUGACUACGCCAUAAUGAACUCCAAGCGAGGCUAUACCACGGCUCAAUUGGAGCAGCUAGCUCGGGAGCAACUGAGAAUUGAGUUGGACGGCAGCAUUACCAUCAAGUCCAUCGAGAAAUCCAAGGAGUUCGCCAACUCCGAGAAAUGCCGCGAACGUCUGAGGGAACUGGAGGACACGUGGCGCAAACAAAUUUUGGCAGCCAUUGUGCGCGAUCUCAACACGCUGCGUGCUCAAGUGCGCUUCAAGCCACACGGCUUCAUGAACUACUACACGUAUCUAAAGACCCUCGACGCCUCGCACUUUGCAGACAUCCUGAUUAAGGAGCUCUACAAGCUGGCCGAGGGCUCAGAGACCUUCAGUCCAACAGUGGGUCAGCUGUACAAAGAGCUCGGGCAGAAGGUGCAGCAACGAUAUCAAAUUGAGCAGAAGAAACACAACGGCACGCUGGAGAAGAUCGGCGAGAUAUACAGCUCGUAUUGUGAGCUGUGGGACAGCGGAAUGUCGCAGGAUAACACGCGUCAGGCUUGGCAGCGUCUCGUGCACGAGCAGCGGGAGAGUGGACCCAGCAUGGAUCUGCCGGAGGUGCCGUGGCCGUCGAAUGUCCUAACAGGCGUGGGUCGAUUUUUGUACAACAUUCUGAUGCGGGACAUCAAGAUCGACGCCCAUAUAAUGAGACAGAAGAGCAAAAGCAAAGCGGCCGCUCAGCCACAAAAUCUGUUGCCCGCCUUUUACACUCUUUUCCGGAAUCAAGGACGCUUUGUUAAAGAGGAAGUCAAGCCGCAUCCGGUGCUCUCGAGAUUAUUCCGAGCGUCCCGCCAACAGACGCUCACGUUCGACUCCAACCUGGUGCCCAUGCUGUGUCCCCCGCAACCGUGGAGCACUCCGCACAAUGGUGGCUACCUGCUGAACAAGUCGGAGCUCAUUCGCCUGCCUCACCAAGCCAUCCAGCAGUGGGACCGCAUUAUGGCUUCCAACCCGCAGCACCUUUAUCCCGGCCUAGAUUCUCUGAAUCAGUUGGCCAGUGUGCCUUGGCGGGUGAACACCCAGUUGUUGGAUGUGAUUAUAAAGGUGUUCCAGAACGGAGGCGAUGCGAAAUUGGACGUUCCUCAGCCACCCAGUUCCCUGCCGCCGCUUCCCACGUUGCCAGCUAAGGACGCGGAAGGCAAUGCCACCUCCAGUGCGGAUCGAGCUAAGCAGUUCCGGGACAAGCUCGGACAUCGAAGAAAGCAGGCCGAGAUGUACAGCUUGUGGUGCGAUGCUCUCUAUAGGUUGUCGCUGGCACAGCAUUACCGUGACAAAGUCUUCUGGCUGCCACACAACAUGGACUUCCGUGGACGUGUCUAUCCCGUGCCGCCGCAUCUCAAUCACCUGGGUUCGGACCUGGCUCGUUCGAUGCUCAUCUUCGAUCAGGCGCAGCCUCUGGGAGUCGAUGGAUUCAGUUGGCUUAAGCUGCACUGCAUCAAUCUGACUGGUCUGAAGAAGCGGGACUCGGUGAGGGAGCGUCUUUUGUACGCGGAAGAGAUCAUGCCAGAUAUCCUGGACUCUGCGGACAAUCCACUCACAGGGCGUAUGUGGUGGUCCAAAUCGGAUGAGCCAUGGCAAACGCUGGCGUGCUGCAUGGAAAUAGCCAAUGUGCAUCGCUGUCCCGAUCCCGCUGCCUACCUUAGUCGCUUUCCCAUUCACCAAGACGGUUCCUGCAAUGGAUUGCAGCAUUACGCUGCCUUGGGCAGAGAUGAAGCUGGUGCUCGCAGUGUCAACCUGGCACCGUCGGCCAUUCCGCAGGACGUUUACAGUGCGGUAGCCGCUUUGGUGGAGAAGAGCAGGAAGGCGGAUGCCCAGAACGGUCUCCAUGUCGCGGAAGCACUGGCCGGAUUCGUUCGCCGCAAGGUGAUCAAGCAAACAGUGAUGACAACGGUCUACGGAGUGACUCGCUACGGAGCCAGACUGCAGAUAGCGCGCCAGCUAAAAGACAUCGACGACUUCCCCAAGGACUGGGUGUGGCCUGCGUCCACAUACUUGACCACUAAGACGUUCGAAAGCCUGCGGGAAAUGUUCACGUCCACGAGAGAAAUUCAGGAUUGGUUCACGGAGUGCGCCCGCCUGAUUUCCGGCGUGUGCAGCCAGAACGUGGAGUGGGUCACGCCACUCGGCCUGCCGGUGGUGCAGCCCUACAACCGCCAGGAGAUGAAGCACUCGCCUCGCAGCGGCUUCAAGGUCUCCGCCAACAUGCCCAUGGACAUGUACGAGCGGCCAAACAUCCUCAAGCAGAAGAACGCCUUCCCGCCGAACUUCAUCCACUCGCUGGACUCCUCGCACAUGAUGCUCACCUCGCUGCACUGCGAGCGCCACGGCAUCACGUUCGUUUCGGUGCACGACUGCUUCUGGACGCACGCCAACAGCGUGCCCGAGCUCAACCGGAUGUGCCGGGAGCAGUUCGUGGCCCUGCACUCGCAGCCCAUUUUGGAGCAGCUCUCCGAGUUCAUGCGACACACCUACAGCUUUAAGGACAGCGACUUCAUCAACGAUGGUUCCGUGGAGGAUCUGUCCAAGCGCCAGCUGAACCGCACUCUAAAGCAGCUGCCCCAGAAGGGAGACUUUGACCUGCGCAACGUGCUCGACUCAGUGUACUUCUUCAGCUAGAUGCGACUUAAACGACAGUGCCUAGGCUUAAUCGUAGUCAUUAGUUUUAGUUAGCAUACCAGUUAAAUUUGUUGAACAAUUCGGCUUUCUAUACCAAAAACACGAAGGAAGACAGAAGCUACACGAGGCGACAAGUGGAUCGACGCCAGAUGUGAUUUUGUAACGAUAAAUUGAUUAAAUUGAUUAAAAAACGCUUUAAAAGGA